GUGCCAUGGCCGAGGCCCGGAAUGGCGGUGGCAUGCAGCACUGCGGGUGCCAGAUCGGGCGUCCGUGUCGCUGCGGGAUGCGCCUGCGGCUCGCGCGCGAGGCCAACAGCGAGCCACGCGACGUCUACGACGAGGUGGAGCUCGCGCCCGGCGUCGUCAUGCGCCUCAAGAAAGAAAGAAUACGAAAACGUGCCGGGCACGCGUCUCUAUCGCCUCAUGCGCAUGUACCGCCUCUCGCAUCUUGAUGCGAUCGCCGAUAUGACGGCCAUCAUCGACCUCGCCUCCAUGCACAAGCGACUCAUUAUGACCGACAUGACCGAGCUCCUCGCGCGCAAAGACGCAUUGGCCGCCAUCUCGAGCCAUGCGACGAUGACGACCAAGCAAAAGCGUGACGCGAUGCAAACCGCGCUGCACAUGCCGUCGCGGUACGCGGACCUGAACCUCGCGAGCCUCCAGAAGCCGCCAGCUCCACCCAUGGCAGCGCCCGUCUCGAUCCACACGCUCGAGCCGCAUCUCAAGCGCCUUUUGGAGGUCGCGGCCGCCUCGAUCGCCAAGACGCGCCUCAACCUCACGACGUGCAAAGCGUUUGUGCAGACGUACGCGUCGACGCGCAUCCAGUGCAUGGUCCGCGGACGCCUCACGCGCCACGCCCAUGUCCACGACGUGAUUACGUUUUGGGGCUGCGCCGAGAUGGCCGCGGCCGUGCGCCUCCAGCUCCUCGUGCGGCGUCGUCAGGCGACGGCGCGCGUCCAUCGCGCUCGAAGCGCGUGGUGGGCGCGACGUCGCGGCGUUGCGAUCCUCCAUCUCCAGCGCAUCGCCCGCGGCUACCUUGCUCGACAGCACUACGCGGAGGCACGUGCUAACGUGCGGGCGGCACGCACGUCCGCCGCGGUCCUUCGACUGCAGUGCUGGUGGCGGUCGCUGACGGCCCAAGCCUUUGUGGCCCGCCGUCGCCGGACAGUGCACGCCGAGCUCGACCAUCGCCAUCGCCACGCGAGUGCGACGACAAUCCAGCGGUACUACCGCGGCUACGAAGGCCGGCGGACGCUGCGGCGGCUGCGGAUGGAGGCGUCACUGAGCGAGCCCGUACGCGCACUCGCGACGCAGUACAUGGCGACCGGGGAUCUCUGGGCCUUUCUCCGCGCGGUUGAUCACGACUACCGGCGCUUCCUGCACGACAAGCAAGACGAGGAAGAGAACGCGACGACGUUUGUGCAAAAGUUUCUGCGCGAAAAGCACAUGCUGGAAGAAAAGGCCAUCCAAGCGUGGCACGUCUCCCGAGCCCUCGAGUCGCCCGUGCUGCAACGCUACGAGCGCACGGCGUCGGCCUACACGACAGCAUCGUCCCCCGAACGACCAAGUCACUCGUCGUCACCGCCACGGCCACCAGCGGCAACGUGCAUCCUAUCUCAAAGUCGGUCGCCGUCGCCCGAACGCCAAGGGUCACCGUCAAAGCCAGUGGCACCCGCAAGCCUCUUCGCGCCCGAAGCAUCGCCCGACGAAGUCGCCUUGGGCCGCCUCGCGCCCGAGUCGGCGGACCUUCCAGACAAGUACUCGCCCAAGCUCCUUCGGCUCGCGAUGGCCGAAGGCUACUCGCUACCGGAAGUAAUCGCGGGCCUUCGCGGUCUCGAAGCCCAAGGCCGGUCGAUUCGAAGCAUCAAACUGCUUUUGCGCGAGCUUCGGCGACGGACACCGCUCAUGCGCAACUCGUUCCGGUCCGAGCGCGUCGUGCGGGCUGCCGAGCCGGUGAGAGACCGCCCCGUGCUGGCCAUGUUGUCGUCCAAGUCAUCGCCCACCGCCUUGCGAUCGCCCACAGCAUUGCCAACCUCGACGAAGGAAGCACCGUUUGCGACCAAAACUGAGAUCCAAACGUACAUUUUGCACGCGCUGCCCAGUGGUAUCAAGGAGCCGAUCGCGAAAUUUCUCUUCGUCGCGGGACUGUUCAUCUUUGUGCCACCGACGAUCGACGCGAGAGGCAACCUCGCGGCCCAGCACGACCCAUGGCUGGCAUCGCGCGAGAGCAACCCGCAUUUGAGAGCAUACUUGCGCAUGCCACCGGGGCUGCUCAAGGUGCGACGUGAGCAGCUUCUCACGAGUGCUCUGGAUGGGUCGUGUGCGAUUCUGAAGUCCCAUGGCCUUGUCCACGCCCGGGAUUUAGCGCCCUAUGACGUCGCGCAUCUGGUCGACUGGAAGAUCCCAUUGACGCUGGCACAAAGCAUCUUUUGGCUCUUCCAGUCGCUUAUCGAGAUGGCCCGCAAUGUUCGACCGACGACGCUGGUUCGCCGACUCCACACCGAAACAAAGCGACCGACGACCCAGGACACGGAGGUCUUUGAGGGCGGCUUCUCGCCGCGGGCCGACACGCCGGCGAUCGUCGCACGGGCACGCCUCGAAGACGAAGUCGGGCUCUUCGCCGACAUGAAGGCACGUCUGGAAGCGCAAGUGCUGUCGCCUGUGGCCAUGUCGCACUCAAUCUACGAACUCCUGUUUCAAGCCGUGUUUGUGACGCUGCCGGUUCAUGCGGACGACCUCGAGACGUACGGCAGCCACCACUUGGAUGCGUUUGUGCACAUGCUGGUGGCGCCCCAAAUGGACGUGCUCAGCACCCAGCGACUGCUCAAGAAGCGCUGCGAGCGCGCGUCGGCGGUCGCCCGCGACUACAGCAACGUGUUUCGGGACGCCGGGUGCCACGUUGUGCGCGACAUUGUCCACCGCCAGCUCAACGCGUUCCAGCUGCCGAUGGGCCUCGACGAGCAAGUGCGCGUUCUCGUCGGCCGGCUUGUGUUUGCCAGCCCGACACCGCAGCGCCGCAGUACCCCCGACCUCGUGCCGCUGACUCGCCCGAUGAGCAGCACAAGCGUCGACACGGUCUCGACCCCGUCGCGCGCCAACCAUGGAUCCGAGUGA